UGGGUCGACUAACGAGACUCUGGCCAUUACUAAUGCAGAGGAGCGAUGGGAGGUCAGAUGACAGACGUGACGGUGGCGUGUCGAAUUACUCCGCUGGCCCCCCUGCUUUGUUCCCAGGCGCGCGUCGCGAACAGACGGCAGGCAGGCAAGAUGCAUGGCCCCGAGGCAUGCAUAAACUGCUGCACGCAUGUAUCAAGCAUUGUGGUCUUAUAAUAUCCGCACAUAGGUACGCCUGCGUGACCUCGUCGUGACUAUCGCAGGCUCCUAUCCGAGGAGCGAGGAGGAGGGAAUAGAGAGAAGCAAAGACCGAAGGAGGCCGAGAUAUUUCCUAGCGGAUUGGGCUGGUCGGGAUGAGCAUCAUCGUUGGCCAAGAGGCGAGAGCAGCAAGUCCAAGCGACGAGGAUUGCCAUAUGAGCGAUGUCAGUUUGGAGUCCCAUUUCUUCGUUAGGGGGGGCUGUAAAGGAGGUCGAGCACGGAUUUCCGCCCCCGGCCUGGACAAGUUCACUGGCGUUGGAGAGAUGCCGGCAAAUGGCAAGGCAAGGACGAAGCUCACAAUUAGCAAUUUCCUGAUUGGCCAGUCCCUCCACGCGACCUACCCCACUUUCUGGCCAAAGUACCCAGCAGGUCAGCGUUGUACCCAUCGAGGUACCCAACUUAACCUAAGCGUACUAGCACGCCCGAACCGUCGUCGUCUUGUCCCAGCUCGAGCAACCGGUCCCCGCCUACGCACGUCGUCACGUCCUGCUUGCAUGGGCCGUCUCGUCUCCACCUGCAGUCCAUCAUGCUUGGCUGCCCCGUUCUCCCCGUCUUCCCCGUUUUCCCCGUGUUUUACGCCUGCUUCUUCGUCCGGCCCAUGCUCUCUUCUCUAUCUUCUUCGCACGCACCUCGCACACAGCCUGUAUGGGGAUACACGACGAUGCUACCGUAGGCACCGCAAACCCCCCCUGUUUCCCCGUGAACACUCGUUUGCGACCAGGGUAGCUAUUCCGCGCACAGAAUGCCGAGCCAGAGACCACGACGAGCCAGCCUACGCAAGCACCCGCCCGUGCUUACCAGCGUCUAGAGGGAGUGGUCGUUGAAGUUCCGCGAGCUGCGAGAGCAGAAGAGGGGGAGGGAACAUCGACGAAGAAUAAGUAGAAGAACAAGGGGACAGGGAGAGGGAGAGAGGUAGAGGGAGGGGGGUUUCGAUUUUCCAUCUGUACAGCGGUCGGUGGAUGUCGAAACCCUCUCGCCCCCUCCCCCCCCUUCAUCUGCUCUCUCUACGUGGUGUAUCCCCGCGCCCGCUCCAAGGUGUACAUGGCAUAUACAUGGAUGUCGGGGAAGAGGUACCUGAGGCAA